UGUGUGUGUCUCUUCCCCUCCUCCUCCUCCUCCUUUCUUUCUCUCCGGUUCUCCUGUUGUUGUUCCCGGCGUCUGUUCUCUCCGUGUGACCGAACAUGCCUCUCCUACCUCGGUCAUGUCGCCGCUGCUCUCCCGCCGGACACUGAGCUCGUCAGCGGGCUGUGCCGCUGCCCGUGUCCGCCCUCUGCGCUCCUUCAGCGGGGGAAAGUCCGCAGCAGCAGCAGCAGCAGCUUCGCUCUGAGCCUCUUUCUUCUUCUUCUUCUUCUUCUUCUUCUUAUGUUUUUAAAUCAACACGUUUCGUUAAUUCAUUUGUUUUUCGCCGUCGCUUCGUUCAUGGAGGAGACGAAGUGACAGUGACGCAGCUGUCGGACAUUUCCGUCAUUUGAGCCGAAAAUGGAGACGGUGAUGGAGAGAGAGUGCAGCGCUCUGGGGGGGCUCUUCCAGACUGUCAUAGCAGACAUGAAGGGCAGUUACCCUGUGUGGGACGACUUCAUCAGCAAGGCCAGCAAACUGCAGUCACAGCUGAGGAUGACGGUGGUGGUUGUGGCCGCUUUCCUGGACGCUUUUCAGAAGGUCGCAGACCUGGCAACCAACAGCCGAGGAGGGACGAGGGACAUCGGCUCAGCGCUCACCAGGAUGCAUGGCAUGAGGCACCGAAGCAUCGAGGCCAAACUACGCCAGUUCUCCAUGGUGUUUCUGGACUGUUUGAUCAAUCCUCUGCAGGAGCAGAUGGAGGAGUGGAAGAGAGGCGCCAACACUCUGGACAAAGACCACGCCAAAGAAUAUAAAAAGGCUCGUCAGGAAAUCAAGAAGCGCUCGUCGGACACUCUGAAGCUGCAGAAAAAAGCAAAGAAAGCUGAUGUUUUUGGCCGCGGUGACCUGCAGCCUCAGCUGGACAGCGCUCUGCAGGACGUCAGUGAUAAGUAUCUUCUGCUGGAGGAGACGGAGAAGCAGGCGGUGAGGAAGGCGCUGGUGGAGGAGAGGAGUCGCUUCUGCUGCUUCGUGACCAUGUUGAAGCCUGUGGUGGAGGAGGAGAUGUCCAUGCUGGGGGAGAUCACUCACCUUCAGACUCUCACUGACGACCUGAAGACAUUGACCAUGGACCCUCACAAGCUCCCGCCCUCCAGUGAGCAGGUGAUCGUGGACCUGAAAAGCUCCGACUGCACCUGGUCCUACCAGACUCCGCCCUCUUCACCCAGCACCACUGUAUCCAGGAAGUCCAGCAUGUGCAGCAGUCUGAAUAGUGUGAACAGCAGCGACUCUCGCUCCAGUGGCUCUCACUCUCACUCGCCCACGUCUAAUUUCCGUUUCCGAGCGUCUUCGUCCUCGUCUUCGUCUCUUCUCCCUCAGCAAACUCCCGCUCGACUGUCCUCCGUCUCGUCUCACGACUCCGGCUUUGUGUCGCAGGACGCCUUCCAGUCCAAGUCCCCUUCCCCCAUGCCUCCAGAGCCAGCACAGUUACACAAUGGUUUCGACCAUCACGCUGCCCUCUGUCUGCACGGAGCAGUACUGCAGGCUCAGGACACUCCCCUCCACCCUCCAUACUUCACCUCCACCUCUUCCAUCUCCUCGCCCUCCUGUUCGCCCGUUUCUCCCACAUGGCCGUGGUCACGUUCGGGAGACUCGGGAGAAUUCUCCCGGGGAACAAACCCGACCUGGAAGGACUGGACCAAACCAGGUCCAUACGAUCAGCCCAUGGUCAACACUCUGAGGAGGAGCAGAGACAGGAGAGAGACAGCAGAGGGCGCUGAUGUCACCGCUCCAGGGGAGGAGCCACAAGGGGUGAAAGGAGGUCAUGUUCUGACAUCACCAAAGGAGGACAGAGAAGCUCAUGAGGAGUUGGCCAGAGUUCUGGCCCGAGGUCUUCAUCUGGACAUACACGGCUCCUGCAGAGACUCACUGCAGAGCUCGAGCGGCUACAGCAGCCAGACGAACACCCCCUGCUGUUCAGAGGACGCCAUCGCAACACAAGCGUCAGACUGCGACUACUACACCAUGGGCGUGGAUCAGGAGCAGCAGUCGUCGUCAGACUACGAUAAAUCCUGCACCAUCCCAAGAAACAGCGAUGUCAGCCAGUCGUACCGUCGCAUGUUUCAGUCCAAGCGUCCCGCGUCCACGGCCGGUCUGCCCUCCAACCCGUCCACCGUUGUCACGCCCGGAGUCGCCACCAUACGACGGACGCCGUCCUCCAAACCCAAUCUGCGGCGACCGUCCGGAGGCCUCAGCCUGGGCCCCAUCCCCAUCAAACCUCCCAUGAUCCCUGUGAAGACCCCGACUGUGCCCGAACACCCCGGGUUCCCUGGCAGGUCCGUGUCGGAGGAUGGCAGCUCACUGCGGACUCAGCUCAGUCCUCUGACCCCUGGACUGCUAUCACCAAAGACCAGUCCCUUCGACAAGGGGACGGAUCCUCCAACACCGCCACCACAGCCCAGCGGGCGGGUGCCCGAGCGGGACCGCGAGCCUCUGCCAGAACUCCUGGAGGAGAUGGAGUACGGCGAGGUGGAGGAUUAUCUGGUGGCCAUCCGACGAGGAGUGAAACUCAAGAGGACGACGGCCAAUGACCGAUCAGCGCCAAGGGUUCACUGAGAGACACGUGGACUCUGCCAUUUUGUGUCCCUGGGUGAAUUUCAGGAUGUCGACUCUUGAAGGGACACAAAAUGGCCACUGCUGAGUGAAUGUUACUGGAAACUGUGACACGAUCACGAUUAGGUUGGUUCAUUCUGGAAAGAUUGUGCCGGGACACAGCAAAUCCGCCGCAGGCCUCAAACUAGUCAGAAUGUUCUAUUGUUACGGAUCAGAACCAAAACAAAUAUUGGAUGAGGACGUGGACUCGUACAGGGUCAAGGAUUUGUCAAAGCGAAGAGCGUUCCUUCUUUUUAGAGAAACUCAUUUGUCAGAAAAAGUGUGAAGUUGAACUUGAAAAAUCUGAGAUAAUUCUCUCACGGAAACGUCGGAACUGACGAGAAAUGAUCGAAAGACACGUAUGAGAACUUUUCGUAGCAGAACUGACUGAAAAAUUAGACGAAAAACAAAAUUGUAAAUACACAUUUAUAAUUUGACGUGUUUGUACGUUGUUUUAUUCGGGGUGUCAUAUUUUAUGCCCCAUUGUUCUCCAGUUUUACUCUGAAGGUGCCAAAUGCUCAUGUGCCAGAGUUUUUAAUUAAUACAAAUGAUGCUGGAUUUUUUGUUGAAGAAAAAAAACGUGAUCUUACUGCACAGGUUACAGGUCGCAGACGUUAAUAUCACACGUACAAGUAUUUUUACAUGCGUAGUGUUCCGCAGUUUAUUGUAGUUCAUCGCAGUAUCCAAAACUCCAAACUUUCGACGCAUUACAACUUCCUUUUGUAACCAAGAAUCAAAAAUAUUUUAGCAUCUGGUAAAAAUCGUGGAUCAGUAUUUGGCUUUUUUUCACUACAAAUUUAAACAAAAUAAAACUCGACCAACGUUAGCUCUCGUUAUAGAUUCUGUGAGUCGUUCUUCUUUCAACACGUCGUGAACUUUCCACCAAAUGUAGCAACUGUACAGAGCGCGUUAGCAUACGUGGUCGAGAUAGAAAUCUGUUGCGACUUAGGAUGUUGUGAAUGUGAGUAAAGUGUGUUGUAACGUUAAAGCGGCAGUAUCAGGAAACAUGCUACAAUUGCGAUAUAUUGCGACGUAGUGCCUAGAAAUUUGUGCAAGAAAUCAAGGUAGAAAACGGUAAAAAGAGCCGCAAUUUUCUGCUUUAUUUUAGCAAAAUAAUUUAACAAAAUUUCUCAUUAUUCUACUACAAUGAAAAACGUUAUUUUGAUCGGGUUCUAAAAAAAACCUGUUACGUAUAUUAUAUAUCAUUAGCUUAACAUUUAUAUUCAAGUCAAUGUAUUUAAAGCAGUUUGUGGAUGCUAGCAACGUAGCACAAGAUGAGCGAUGAAUCGUAUCCGUUUGCUUAACACGAUUCUAAGCUAGGUCUCCAUAAACGGCACCCUGUGAGACGCUAGCUGUGGCUAAAGAGACUGUGACAACCGUGUACGAACUACUCAUGUAAUAAACGCAACAUAUAAGCGUAUAUAAAACCCAGCAAGCUUGUUCAUGCUAACUGUCAAGUAGCCCGUGUUAAUGUACUAGCGGCGUGGGGGGAUUAGCAUAGCUAGCUAUAAUACACAAAAAAAUCCACCCCUGUUGCUACUUAGACGCGCGCAGAAUAUAGAUGUAUCAUGUCACCACCCCUUUUUUGGGUGAAAGCAUAACGUCUGACUUGGCGGUUAAAAGUACGAUAAGUCACACAGAUAGCAAGCUAAAAUAUUAUAAAUUAUUAUCAUUAUUAAUAACAUGGAUGAACAGCACCGCCCAGUGGCUGGAGGCGGCGUUGCCCACAGUUUAUCGCGCCACAAAUCUCAGAUUUUCUUGCUGUUCUUCAUAGGAGUGUACAUAUUUUUUUUAUUUUUCUGGAUAAACAAAGAGACACAGCAUCUUUUCAUCGUAGCGACGUUUUGGGUUUUCACCCAGAAGGGGGUGUGGUCUUUAAGGCAAAAAAAAAAGUGACAAAAUGUCUGUUCUAAUUUUUUUAUUACUAUAUUUAUUCAAAUUAAUGUUUUUAAUUUUUAUUUUUCUGUCGUAAACCACGUUUCUAAACUGUAUUGAUCGCGUUAAAUCUAUAAUGUUAUUAUAUAAUAUAUAAUGCAAUGUUAUUAUGAUUUUUUAGUAAUAGCAGCUUUUUUUUUUACCGGAAAACAAUUUUUUUUUUGUCUGCGUCAAAACAAAGAUCGUCCGUUAUCGUUAACAUUUUUUCUUAAUCUAUACGUGUUUCACAUGUUGGAACUUCUCGAACUGUGUUGUGACGCAGAUGCGUUUUUAACGACGCGCGUGAAGCUGAACGUUCGAGUCUGCGACAAAUCUGUAACUCUGCGUUUUUUUUCACACUCGCUGAGAAUCACUAGAAAUAAUUCACCCAAAUUAUUCUACCGAUUUUUCCCUUCGUCAAUGUUGAGACAAGUUGCCAAAUUUUUUUUGUACUGUAAAAGCAAAACAAUGCUUUUGCAUACAAAAUAACAAUAAUUAUCAUUAUUGUUAUUUUGGACGUUCUUAUUCAGUUGUGGUUUUUCCUGGUUUCCUUUCACUGAUUAACUUUGUGCCAAAUUUUUUAUUUUUACCUCAAAUUAAUAACGUCAGUAAUUUUUUGGGGGGGAUUUUUAAAAUUUGAGCUGUUUUCCUUUUGUUAAAUUAUUAUAAUCACUGAUGAAAAACAGAUCAAAGCUUCUGAAAUAAACUUAUUUUUGUUAAAUCAAUGUCAAUGUUUUUGACUUUAUAACUGAAAAGUGAGAGAAUUAUAAAAUAUUGACUUUGUUUACAUCAGCACAUGAAUGUCAAGUGGUUUUGAUGAAAUUUGUCAGAUUUUGUUCAUAAAAUGUUUGACCAAUGAGAAAAAAACCCAAACGAAUUUAAAAGAAUUUAAAAACCAUCGUCACACGAUGUCACAUUUCUGUAGAACUGUUGUUCAUGUUUAUUCAUGUUUAAUUUCAACUGUCUCUUAUAUUCUAUGUAAAGAAAUUGUUUUUGGUUCAAUAAUAAAAUUCGUAGCAGA